GUAUAGGCUGUGCUGUCAGCCCAGUGUCAGUCUGAUGAAGAUUGGCAUGCAGAAUCUUUGGCGAGUUGGACCUUAAGCCACAGUGAAAACACAACUGAAAGGUCCUACGCUGUGGUGGGCCAGCUGACUUCUCAAUGUGACACAAUCCCAUGAUGCAACAUGCGUCCCCAGCACCUGCAGUGACAAUGAUGGCCACCCAGAGUGUUCCUCCACCAACGUACCAGGAGAGCCAACAGAUGACGGGCACAACUCAGCAGAACAACAAGACCCCUCAGGUCCACAUCCCCGCAGCCUCCACAGGAGGAAAUGCUUCUGUCAGUGUGACCCUUGACCCCCAGGCCCAGCUUGAAUCUGACAAGAGGGCUGUUUACAGACACCCAUUGUUCCCCCUGCUGGCUUUGCUGUUUGAGAAAUGUGAGCAGGCGACACAAGGAUCUGAGUGCAUCACGUCCGCCAGCUUUGAUGUCGACAUUGAAAACUUUGUUCACCAGCAGGAGCGGGAUCAUAAACCCUUCUUCAGUGAAGACCCAGAAUUAGACAACUUGAUGGUCAAAGCCAUUCAAGUGUUGCGGAUCCACCUGCUGGAGCUGGAGAAGGUCAAUGAACUCUGUAAGGAUUUCUGCAACCGCUACAUAACGUGCCUCAAAACCAAGAUGCACAGUGACAACCUUCUCCGUAACGACCUGGCGGGGCCCUACUCUCCGACGCACACCAGCCUCAGCAUGCAGCAGGAAUUAAUUCAGACCUCCUCUCCGUCCAUGACGUCCGUGUCCAACUCUGUCAACUCUUCAGGGAUUGUGGCGCCCGGUGCAGGUCUGCAGCAGGGCAGCGUUUCCAUAACCACCAUAAACUCUCAAGUGGUAUCAGGUGGGGCGCUGUACCAGCCAGUUGCCAUGGUGGCGUCACAGGGGCAAGUGUUAGCGCAGGCUUUGCCACCGGGAACCAUUCAGAUCCAGAACGCACAGGUAAAUGUUGAUUUGUCAGCACUACUGGAUAGUGAGGACAAGAAGUCGAGGAACAAGAGAGGAGUCCUCCCCAAACAAGCCACCAACAUCAUGCGCUCUUGGCUCUUUCAGCAUCUUAUGCAUCCGUACCCGACAGAGGAUGAGAAAAGGCAGAUUGCAGCACAGACAAGCUUAACCCUUUUGCAAGUGAAUAACUGGUUCAUCAAUGCUCGACGGCGUAUCCUCCAGCCUAUGUUAGAUGCCAGCAACCCUGACCCAGCUCCCAAAGCAAAGAAGAUGAAGUCCCAGCAUCGUCCCACACAGCGAUUCUGGCCAGACUCCAUUGUUGCUGGAGUUCUGCAGACACACCGAUCUCAGCUGGGGAACAACUCAGACAACCCUCUCAGCCUGGACAGCCUCCAGUCGCUGUCGUCAGACUCUGCCACCCUGGCCAUGCAGCAAGCCAUGCUCGGAGCCGACGACUCCAUGGAUGGUACGGAGGACGAGGACGAGGAGGAGGAGGAGGAUGAGGAGGAGGAAGGAAUGGAGGAGGAGGAGGAGGAAGAGGAGGAGGACGGGGAGAAUGACACCAACAGGGGGAGCCCCAUGCCUUCUUGCGUGGGAGCGGCGAGGAGAGAGCUGAGCAUGGAGCGCCGGGAAGAACUGGACGGAACUCUGGUUCCACCCAAAUCCAACCUCUCAUUGGCUGAAACACACCCUGAAUGCAUAAGGCACUUUCCAACACUGUGUGAACCUCCACAUCUCUCCGGACACUUUUUCUCUCGGUGUGACUGCUGCAGGCUGGAAGACAUCCAAUCCAGUAAGGUGCUCAAAAUGUCGAUUGCCCAGGCAGCAGCAAAGGCUUUGCUCUCCGAUGCCCUACUACAGGACAAUCCCGCCCUAAACCGUCUUAGCCACCUGGAGUUGGAGCUUCCUCUGGACAAGGUCAUCAAAUAUGUGUCUGUCGGCCUCCCGCUGCUGCUGGUUUCCAUGGCCUUUGCCCGCGAAGUGUCCCUCGGUCCCCAGAUCAGCUGCUUCCCUCCAAGCAAUUUCACAAUCAAGCAGGCCAGCUACGUGGAUACGUACUGCUGGGACUCUCUUAUGCAUCACGAGUUUGAUAACGAUGGCAACUUUGAGGAGCGCUCACUCUGGGUCCACAAAAUGUUUCCGUACUCACUUCUAGCGAUGGCAGUGUUAAUGUACCUGCCGGCUCUCAUCUGGCGCCAGCUGGUUGUGCCUUCGCUUGGCUCGGACAUGCUCUUCAUAAUUGAUGAACUCGACAAGUCGUACAAUCGAUCGAUUCGCCUGGCUCAGAACAUCCUGGAUAUGCGACAGAAUACCAAAAACCCGCUGACGUUUCAGGCAGAGCUGCAGAGAGCCAAGAGGAAGAGAUACUUUGAAUACCCCCUACUGGAAAGAUACAUGAAAUGCAAGCAAAACUCCUACUUCCUCGUGAGCAUGCUCUUUUUGCGAGGAUUCCUCCUGCUAACCUUCAUGACGGCGGCGUGUCUUUAUCUGGCCUACUUCCACCUUUCUGCCUUCCUCCAGGAUGAGUUCAGCUGCUUUGUGCGUAGCGGCAUGCUGCGGGAUCAGAACUGGGUUCCUGAGCUGGUUCAAUGUAAAAUGAUUGGCCAGCUGGUUUUUCAGGUGAUCAGCGUGGCCAACGGCGCCAUCUACGUCCUGUUGGCUCCAAUCGUGGUCUUCAGUCUCAUUCGGCUCUUUGUCUGGGACACCACCUUCAUCUCAGUGUACGAGGUCCUUCCAGCUCUGGAUGUGGUCAACCAACGCAGGCUCGGAUGCCCCCUGAAUGAUCUCAACGUGCUCCUGCUUUUCCUGCGGGCCAAUGUCGCACACCUGAAGUCCUACGGGAAGGUGAGGGCCUUGUGCUCCCUGGCACCCCCACAGAUUGGUAAAACAACCGCAGGAGAAGGACUGAACGCCAUGCUGACCCAAGAAGAGAUCGAAGAACGUGAAGAGGCCGCGAUGGAGUUGGCGGAGGAGGCCAAGGAGGAAGGGAAGUUCAACCUCGUGGACAUGAUGACUAUUCUGGGAGCCGCGCAGGGAAGAGUUUCAAACAGCAGUGAACAGAGGCCAAUGAAGGAGGAGAAUAUGAGUUUUGAGCCAAACCACCUGGGGUACCAUGAGUUGAAGGAGACCGCACCAUUUAGUCAUUACUAGGCUUUCUAUGGACUGAAUCAAUGUUAUUACUUGGGCGGCGGGCGUGACUCUUGGGACUCUCUGAGUCUAAAGUAAACGAAGAGUGUUAGCACAAUUUUAUGGUAUCCUCAGCCUCAAGACAGUUUUGUGAGACAUAGCAUUGAUCAGCAAGUUCAUGUUAUUUUUUUUUUACUAAAGUCUUUCCUUGUUUGUAAUCUUCCAUGUGUUUCUCAAGAACUUAGUAAUGUCAAGAAUUGUAAAGUGGAGCAUCAGUGUGCCAGUAUAGGUGCUAGAACACACACAACAACACUGGUCUUAUCUCCAUCACUAUGUGCAGAAAGAAAAUGUUAAGUCUGUGGGUCACUGUUGAUGUCAUUGUCAGUAAAAUAGUAUAGACUCAUCUAAAAGGUUUUUUUUUUUACCAUGUGUACAA